CAAACAACAGCUAAAAUGUUCCCCCAUCAACUCCUCCUCCUCCCCCUCCUCCUAGCCACCACCCCCCUAACCCUCGCCUCCCCCUCCCCCCUCCACAAACGCAGCGUCACCUGCGUGAAGGUCGGCGCCACCGCGACCGCCAGCUGGACCAACAGCGCCGGCGAGACUUGCAGCUACACGGGGGUAGUGGGCAGUAACUACGGCGAGAACAGCGCCGGAGGCGAUUACUCCUGCAACGGCCGCUGCGGCACAGGAUGCACCGGCGUGGCCAUCGGCAACGUCUACACGCAGGACUGCUGGUCGCAUGAUAUAUGCAGUUACUUCAAUAAUGCUUCGGGGGGCGCUAGUGACCCGAACUGCGGAGCGGCGUUUGAAGCGGCCGAGGACGAUUUCUUGCUGGGGUAUUUGGACGGAUGCUCGCAGACGAAUCCGACGAACCCGGUGGUGAAGCCGACCGCCUCGCCGGUUUGUUCUUAG